ACCUCCAGGGGUAAUCCACCCGCACUCUUAUUAGUUUCGAAGCCUUUGAAGUCGUUUAAGAAGAUAUCAGGCUCUGGACUACACCAAUUUGCCCAUAUGGAUUUGCCUGAAAUCGUUGACGUCGCCCGCAAUUUUACCGUCAUGGUCAGAGUUCAAGGCCCUGUAAGUCUCUGCCCCUAUCUAUGUAUGCAUAUGUAUAUUCAAAUAUAGGUAUGUAUUAUGCUGUUUCUGAAUCACUGGACAAAUUCGCUUUGAUUUAUCUUUGUUGGGUUCUAUAUGGGUCGUUGUUUUGCCGUCAAAUUCAGGACCCAAAGGGUCUGAAGAUGAGAAACCAUGCUUUCCACCAGUACAACAAUGGCAAAACCACACUUUCAGCUUCUGGGAUGUUGUUGCCUGGUUCUUUCGGUAUUGAUCCAGCAGCUAGGCAGAUUGAUAGCAGGAAUGAUGCGUUGACGUUUUCUGGUUCAACGGUUGUGGUAACCGUUGCAUCUGUUUUUGAGCCGUUUCUAUCAUUACUGCAGAGGGAGAACAUGUCUCAGGACAAGCCAAAUUUAAUCCCUGGUGUUCAGAUUGAUGUAAUGUUAGAGGGAAGGAAUAGGGUUGAACAUGAAACUAAGGGGUCAAACGAUCAAGUUCCUCAUUGGUUGUCUGCACGACUUUUCGCAUUGGUUGAUGUUCCUGCAUCUUCCAUGGCUGUUCAAUCACUCAUUCAAGCUUCUUCUGGUUCAUUGGAGAAUUGUUGGGAGGUUGGUUGGUCCUUGGCCUCUUACAGUGAUGGUCCUCAAACUUUGAAGAAUGCCGUGCAAGCCGGGGUUGAAGAAUCUCUCAUCCAGAGGCAGAGCCACAUGGUACAGGGAGAGUUGAGAAGUCCAAACUCUAUGGGCAGGUCAACCUCUAAAAUUGCCCUUCUUGCAGUUUGCUCAACAGUUUGUAAGGACCUGCCAAACUUAAACAUAGCACCCUUGAUUAAGAGGGGAGAUCUUCUUCUGGCAAUGGGAUCUCCUUUUGGUGUCUUGUCUCCUGUGCACUUCUUUAACAGUAUAUCAGUGGGAUAUGUUGCCAACUGCUAUCCUAGUGGUUCUGCUAAGAGAUCUUUGUUGAUGGCAGACAUUCGUUGUCUUCCUGGAAUGGAAGGUGGUCCCGUGUUUGGGGAGGAUGCGCUGCUAUUUGGUUUAUUGACUAGACCGUUAAGACAAAAGACUACUGGUGCUGAAAUUCAGCUGGUGAUUCCGUGGGAAGCCAUUGCAACUGCUUGCAGUGACUUGCUGCUGGAGGAGCCUCAAAAUGGAUACAAAGGGUUGAAUUAUAACAAUGGCAACUUGAAUGCUGUAGGGAGGUUGGAUCAAUCUAACAGUCUUGGCACAAAUAGUCUGUCCUGUCAACUUCAUAAGCACGCUAAUUUAGAUUGCCCUCCCCUAUCACCUAUUGAGAAAGCAAUGAUUUCAGUCUGUCUUGUUACCAUUGAUGACAGAGUAUGGGCAUCUGGUGUUUUGCUCAAUAAAGAUGGCCUUAUUCUCACGAAUGCUCACCUGCUGGAGCCUUGGAGGUUUCAGAGAGCAACUGCUUAUGGUGAAACAAGUGAAUUAAAAUCAAAGUUUCCUCUCACCCCAUCCAACAAUUCUUUACCUUCUGCCCAUGAUAGAAAUGGGUUUAACCAAAAGUUUCAGGGUUUGCUGCCGGGAGUAUUGGAAACUACAGACUCUGUUGCUGAUGGUGGUGGGGGCUCUAGAUUUGAUUGGACCACCAUGCAUCAAAGCAUACGUGUUCGCUUGGAUCAUCGGGAUCCUUGGAUAUGGUGUGAUGCUAAGGUACUGUAUGUCUCAAAAGGACCUUUGGACAUCGCCCUACUGCAGCUUGGGUAUGUUCCAGAUCAGCUUUGCCCCAUUAUUAUGGACUUCUCAUGCCCGCCCCCAGGAUCGAAGAUCUAUGUUAUUGGGCAUGGACUUUUUGGGCCACGAUGUGAGUUCUUCCCAUCUGUCUGUGUCGGUGUUGUUGCAAAAGUUGUUGAAGUCAAGUGGCCUCUGCUCCAUGGAACCGGUCAACGGGACAAUGCUCUUGGAUGUAUUCCAGCAAUGCUAGAAACAACAGCAGCUGUCCAUCCUGGUGGUAGUGGUGGUGCUGUGGUCAAUUCAGAUGGCCUCAUGAUUGGGCUUGUUACAAGCAAUGCGAGACAUGGUGGAGGGACAACCAUACCACAUUUGAACUUCAGCAUUCCAUGUGCAGCUCUGGAGCCCGUCUUCAAGUUCUCGAAAGAUAUGUCGGAUUCAUCCCUCUUAGAAGAUCUUGAUAAACCCAGCGAACACCUUUCUUCUAUAUGGGCACUGAUGCCGCCAUUAUCUCCCAAAGGCCCCUCGCUGCCCUAUCUGCCUCUUCCAGUACCAGCAGAUAUCAACAAAGACGGGAAGGGUUCGCAAUUUGCCAAGUUUAUAUCAGAAAAGCAGGAAGUUCUCAAAAGAUCAAUUCAGCUUGGCAAGAUGGAAAGGCUUUCUAUAGAUUCCACUCGCUGUAAGUUGUGACCAUCCUGCAAUUCCAGUGGAAGCAAAUAACUACUGGCCUGAGAGCUUCAUUGAUGUGGAGAUUUAUAGCUUUGCUGUGGUUGUCACUUGUCAAUGUAUGAAUGACUGUAUCUUUAUGUAGUUAAAAUAAGCUUCAAAAUAAGAAAGACUAAUGGUUUUGCUUCCCAAUCAUCAUGUACAUGACAUAAUCUUCUUUAAAUGUAAUAGUUCCAUUGUGUGGCUACAUGUCAUGAAUAUCCUCUUAUGAAAAUAUCAUGAAACCAAUAUGAAU